CUGAUGACGUCAUAGGGCAUAGAUACGUCACCAUUACCAUGGCUAUUGACGGCAGUUACGUAUCUCGGCGUAAAUCAUCGGCGAGGAUAAAGAAGAGAGAAAAAGUUGGUUGCGUGCCCAAAGUAUCCGCAGUGUUGACCAGACUCAUGUUCAUAUUACACGCAACACUUGCUUUGUGGAGGAUUAGCGAGUUAUACGAACCUGUGUAUUUGUACGCGUUAAGUGUAGGCUUGGGAUGUUUGGUGCUGGAGAUGGUGUUCACGUUGGCUGUACGGCAAGGAAAGGAAUAUAAGUGGUUUUGCCCAAGUGUGUUUUUCUACCUCCUCAGUGUUGUACCAAGUCUAUGGUUUCUACAGAUCGCACAGAUGGAUUAUUAUGACAAUACUUCGCUACAUGAUGGAGGGUGUUUGGCGAUAGUGGAUAUCAAUGUAACGAUAUCCCCCCCAAUGACGCAAAUUGAAAACGUAAGUGACGUCACAGCCGCGUGGAAAUCGAAUAAUGACGUCAACCGAUACAAACGUGACGUCACAGAAGCAAGUGGAAACAACAAAGAAAAACGAAGGAAGAGGAAGCGAAAGUUACGUCGCAAACAACGACUUCGAACCACAACCUACGUCAUAAACGCUACUACCGCGGGAUAUACAAGCGAUUAUGAUGUCAUAAAUACAAGAACGGAAUUACCUAUUGUGACGUCAUUGAAUCCUGACGUUGUAACGAAAAGCGAGAACGAUGUUUCCAUGACGACCGGUGUUGGUAAUGAACGAACAAUAGAAAUGACGCAAUUUCUGUUGACGACGACGACGCGCGAACGCGAGAACCAUGGCUUUGUUGACGUCACACGUCGUAAAUUGAACGAAUUCUCGAACGUUGUGAACAACGCGACGCGAACAGUAGAUGAAUUGCUGCACAAACUAGACCCCGAACAAUGGCUCCUCGCUCUCCACCAAGUCCUUCUCUUCGUUCUCGUCAUCGGACGAUGGUUGUUGCCCAAAGGUGAGAUCACCCGUGAACAAUUGUCACAGCUCCUCCUUGUGUUUAUUGGUGUCGGAGCCGAUAUUCUGGAAUUUGUUACAGAAACAAUCGACAACGAUGUGAAACAAGUUCAGUGCAACAGACUUCUACAUUACAUUAUAUACGCAGUAUGGUCGUGGAGUUUGUUACAGUUUACGCUCGUGCUGACUGCAGCGAAGUCAAGAAAAACCAGAGUUGGGUUUUCGAACGGGGAAAGAGUAGCCAUUGUUCAAGACAAUAGCAAUUGUUGCGCGAGGUCUAUAUUUAAUGAUGCAGAUUUGUGGGGGAUCCUAGCUACUUUGUUGCUACAGGACCUUCCCUUCUUAGCCUUCAGACUCUACAUGAUGAUCGUAUACAACCAAAUCCACCAAAUGAUGGUGUUUUUCACCGGAAAGAACGCACUGGUUGUUAUCUUACAACUUUAUAGGAUUGUAGUUUUACAGAUUGAACAUAACAAGAAGAAGCCGGACUCUGCCACUCAAUCGGAGCUCCAACCACUGAAAGGAACAUUAGAAAGGUUAGCUCGGACCUCUGUGGAAGGAAGGGGGGUCGUGGCGGGGGAUAUUUCAAAUGCUACAUUUAAAGCAAAGCGUAACGGAAGUGUAGUAGUGAAGAUACGGCUGGAAAAUGAAUCAAAGGCUAGAACACGGCGAAAAGGGACCAUAUGAACUAUGUAUUGAAUAUACAUUGUUAUAUAUCAAGGUUACAGUUAUCGAGUGUGGACUCGUUAUAGCAGAUGUUUCACCAAGUCUACUUAGUCUUUUACAAGCACUGAUGAUGCCAACAGUUUAGGUAAAACACAUGAUGUAUUUGUGCCAAUAGUUCAACAUUUUGAACAUGUUAUGUUUAUAUCUGACUUGUUACACAACUAUUCUGGCCCAAAAUUAUUCUAUUGAUUAAACAACUUCAGUAUAAUUGUAAAAAUAAAUAUUGGAAAUUCAUGUUUAUAAAAAUUACUUUUAUUCGAAUCAAAUAUUUUUUCAUUUCUCUGACAAUUAAAGUGAAAUAGUUUGAAUUAUUUGGAAACA